GAUAAAGAUAACAGACGUUCGACGUCUGGUUAUACUUUUACGUUGAGUCAUGGAGAUGAUAUCAACACGAUUGAUUGGAAAGCCAAGCAACAAGAUGUGGUGGCUCUAUCGUCGGCUGAAUCGGAGUUGAUAUCUGCUUGUUCAGCGACACAAAAUGCAGUUUAUACUCGUCAAUUACUUAUGGAUCUUGGAUUCAAGCAAGAUGAAGCUACCGUGAUUAUGGAGGAUAAUCAAGCUUGCAUUGCGAUGGGGAAUAAUCCGAUUACGCAUAAGAGGACGAAGCACAUUGAUGUUCGAUAUCACU